CUCCGACCCCGGACGUAUUUGAUUCAAGCCUCGCCGCGAAUUCGUCCAGCUAAACGUUAGCAUAGCGUCAUUAGCUUCAAGAAAUUCCAGUCAAAACACUUUCCUCCAAAAGAAUGUUAGUUAUUUAGGAGUUUGUUCUGCUUACGUCGGCACCUUCUCUUCAGCAUUUGACCAUCCGAGGCCGUGCGAAGAUGAGCGGCGAGGCCAACAAAGAGUUUGAGGAGCAGCUGCGCCUCCAGGAGCUCUACAGCAGGAGAAGCCAGGCCGGUUCCGACGCGUUCACGUACACGGACCCCGACGACGGCACCGUUUACGACUGGGACCACGACAAGAAGGCCUGGUUCCCCAAAAUCACGGAGGACUUCAUGGCGGCUUACCAGGCCAACUACGGCUUUGUCCGGGAGGGCGACCCGGACGCCGGUGGCGCCGCGACGGAAACGGAGAAGCGGCCGGCGGCGGCGGCGGCGGCGGCGAGGGAGGAGGCGGGCGCGCGAGAGCUCAUCUCAGAGCAGCAAAAGAGUGCGGCGGCCAAAGACGGCAAGCAGAGAGCAGAGAAGAGGAAAGCAGAUCCUGGCUGGUUCGACAUGGAGGACGACAAGAACACCAACGUGUACGUGACAGGCCUCCCCCCCGACACCAGCCCCGAGGAGUUCGUGGCUCUGAUGUCCAAGUGCGGCAUCGUCAUGCGGGACCCGCUCAGCGAGGACUACAAGGUCAAACUGUACAAGGACCAGGACGGGAACCUGAAAGGAGACGGACUGUGCUGCUACCUCAAGAGGGAGUCGGUGGAGUUGGCCGUGCGCCUUCUGGACGAGUCUGAGGUCAGAGGUUACAAGCUGCACGUGGAGGUGGCUCGCUUCCAGCUCAAAGGUCAAUACGACGCCAGCAAGAAGAAGAAGAAGAACAAGGAGUACCGCAAGAAGAUGCAGCAGCAGCAAAAGCAGUUGGACUGGCGGCCCGAGAAGCAAGCGGACGCCAGGAAGCGACACGAGAAGGUUGUCAUCGUCAGGAACAUGUUCCACCCCGGUGACUUUGAGGAGGACCCCCUGGUCCUGAACGAGUACCGCGACGACCUGCGCUCGGAGUGCGAGAAGUUCGGCGAGGUCAAGAAGGUCAUCCUGUUCGACCGCCACCCGGACGGCGUGGCGUCGGUGGCCUUCAAGGAGCAGGAACACGCCGACGCCUGCGUGGCGUCCUUCCACGGGCGCUGGUUCGCCGGACGGCAGCUCGCCGCGACGCUCUGGGACGGGAACACCGACUAUCAGGUGGAGGAGACGAGCCGCGAACGUGAGGAGCGUCUGAAGGGUUGGUCCUCCUUCCUGGAGGCGGCGCAGCUGGCGGGGGGCCCCGCCCCCUCUCUUCCGGCAGGGGGCCCCGCCGCCGAAGCUUCCGGCAGCGCGCCGCAAACGCAGACGUCGCAGCAGCAGCAGCAGCAGCAGCAGCAGCCUGAGGGAAAACAUGGCGACGACGAGGAAACCAAGUCGACCGACAGCAGCCUGGCGGGCAGCGACGACGACGACGACGACGACGCUUAACCAGACGCCAUUAUGAACAAUGCAGAGCGUUCAUGGAGUUAAUUGAGUAGCUUCACUCGUCCAUUUCGGACGUCCAAAACUCAUUUUCACCACAUGGAAGUUCCGCUUUCCAGUGCAAAGCCUCAACGCAGCGUCACCUCAUCAUACGGUUACAAUUAUGACAACUUUUAAGCGCUGCCCGGCAUUUGAUUGGUCCGCCACAGUGAAGAAGCCCCGCUAUUGGCCGGGACCAAGAACGACCGAAUCCUGCCACACAAUCCACGCCCACCCGUAAAGGCUUGUAAUUGCCUAUACACCUCACAUGAUGGCGGCAAAGCAUUUCUUCUCUUACCCAAAAAUAUGGCCCGACCAAAUUUGACGUUUGGGAUUUUGAAGCGCCUCCCCUCAGUCUCACCAAGUUAAAUGGCACCAAUAUACCUCCAGAUGGCACCAAAGCUACAAUUUCUAUGAUGUGGAGUCGCCCCCCCCCCCCCCCCCCAAAAAAAGAAAAAAAAAAAUCAGCAACGAGACGAAUUUCACACUGCAAAUAUGUGGAGGUUCACUGUAUAGUUUGAAUAAAUUGAAUUUGAAAUCAUGAUAAAAUAAGGACAAGCAAAUAUUUUAGUACACAACAGCAGCAUUAGCCAACUGAUGUCAAGAGAUUGGCUCGACAUAAAAGCUCGUAAGUGAUUCAAGUGAAGAAAACUUCUGUUUGUCGAGAAGCACGAAGUCGAGCCACGACGCGUUUUGCUUUGGCGAGCAUCAACAAGCUCGCCUGCUAGCCAGCGAAAGAGGUCGCGCUGCGUUCACGGAACACCGCCAAUGCUAACCAUUAGCCGCUAAAUAAAGCAAUGUCUAUUGUGUCAUUUGUGUUUAUUGACUUGUUGGUAACCAUGGAGACAUGCUGUACAGUAAUGGCAGCUACCGCACGGCCGUUUCCCGUAUGGACGAGCGGCGCCCAUCGGGAAAUGCGCCCGCUCGCCCCCGGAGGCGUCUGUCAGUCUUUUGCAAUAAUUUAUUAAGAAAAUCGUCUUGAAAAUUUCCAGCGUGUGGUUCACAUCGGCGCCGCUGGCGUACGAGUCCGCAGACGGCCACCGCAAGAAGAAAAAACUGAAAAGGGUGCGAUAGGAAACAAGAAGUGCGCCUCGAAGG